UGACUCCUCACCACCCUUACUGCGCAUGUCCGUGAUGUCACAGAUACCGAUCUCAUUAGAGAGGCGAACACACGAAAGUCACCAUGAUAAUAUGAGCGUAGCUCACUAUUUUGCUUUCUCUCUUGCUAUUUUAAUUUUAGGAGGAUGGUGUUUCGUUUGGUUUAUGCACAUUUUAGCCUUAAUCUAUGGAAAAUACCGUCUACACCAUCCUAUUCCGCCUCCCUCCCCGGAAGACCUCCAGGGGGUGUCCAUCAUUAAACCCCUGGUCGGGGUGGAUCCAAACCUGUAUUUCAAUUUAGAGUCUUUUUUCACCACUGUCUAUCCAUCCUUUGAACUCCUCUUCUGUUUACAAGAUGAAAGUGAUCCUGCUCUUAUGGUUGUUAAAGCUCUCAUGGAAAAAUACCCAAAAGUAGAUGCUAAAAUUUUUAUAGGUGUAAAAUAUGUUGGCCCAAACGGGAAAGUUAACAACAUGUGCAAAGCAUAUGAGGCAGCCAAAUAUGAUUUAAUAGUCAUAUCUGAUAGUAGUAUAUUAAUGAAACCAGACUCACUCAUGGACAUGAUGUCCUUCAUGAAGCCAGAUGUCGGUCUAGUGUUGCAGAUGCCAUAUUGUUGUACUCGCAAGGGGUUCGCUGCUGUUUACGAAAAGGUUUAUUUUGGAACGUUUCAGUCCAGAAACUGUCUUAGUGCUAAUUCUGUAGGAAUCAAUUGUUCAACGGGCAUGUCCUGCCUUUUCCGAAGAGACAUUUUAGAAAAAUCAGGGGGCUUGGCUCCUUUAGGAAAAUAUUUAGCAGAAGAUUAUUUUAUUUCUGAAAACAUUAGAAAAGAGGGAUAUAAAACAGUAUUAUGUAGUCAACCAGCACAGCAAAAUUCUGGACAGUACAACAUAGGCCAUUUUCAUCAACGACUCAUCAGGUGGUCCCAGCUGCGCAUCUCUCUGUUACCUCAUCUCAUCCUGUUUGAGCCCCUGUCGGAAUGUAUGCUGAUGGGGGUGAUUGCCUCGUGGGCUGCCGAGUACAUCUUUGGCAUCAGCUCAAUGGGCUUCUUCCUCAUGCAUGUUCUAGUCUGGUUCCUGUUCGAUUACGCUCUCCUUACAUGUGUUGAGAAUGGGCCACUUCCUUUUUCUAAGUUUGAAUUCCUGGUAGCCUGGAUUCUACGUGAAGUGUUAUCCAUAUGGAUGACUAUUCAGAGUCACAGAACUUCCAUAGUGCAGUGGCGACACAAGAAAUACAGAGUGUUAUGGGGAGGGACUAUCGAAGAGUUUGUGUGAUUCUUGAGCUGCCAAGAAGAGAGGACACGAACAAGAGAAUUUCGGAGCCCGUCGGCAAGUCAUUUUCUGGUGGAAAAUUGUUGUCAUGGACUCGGAAUUUUUUAUUGUUCUGUGAAUUCUUGCCGUGAAACAACGGAAGAGAAUUUCUUUUUUAAAAAGAACUAUCAAGCAAUCUCACAAUAUUUUCUCUGGUGCAUACAAUCUGUUAACCAGUCCUUUUCUUUUUUUAAAUAGUGUAUUUUGUGUGUUUAAAAUGUGCACAUUCAUUUUUAUCCUUGAUUUAUUUUUAAAAACUUGUGUAAUUUAUCCAAUUUGACAGUAAAUGCUUUGUCUGAUAUGUGGCAAAGAUAGGGUACAAAAAUAAAUUAAGUAAGUGGGUAGGGUGGUUGGGGGUUAUUGUAUUAAGCAAGAUGAUUGAUUUGAUAAGAUGUUGAUUAUUCGUUAAUCCCAUAUUCCUGUCCGAUCGGGGCUUUUUAAGAGGACAAAGCCCUAUAUGACGACAGUUCCCAUGCAUCUUAAGGAAGAUCUGAAUACUCAUUUAUUUCUCCAAAGCGCUCGAAACAUUGCACUGAUACCUAUUUGCAUCGAAGUCUUUCCUCUUUUUUUUCCCCCUGUUAAUGAUGGUCAGGUAUGACUUGAGAAGGAUAUUAUUCCCCUCUUGUCAUUGCAUUUUAUGAUAUUAAGUUCACAUUUGCCAAAAAGAAAAAAAUUAACCAAGUACAAGUAACUAUUCCAACUUGUUUGAGUUUUGUUGAGUGUUCAACUUUUUUUUUUCUUGUGCCCAGGGUACAUUGACCUUUUUUUUUUUUUCAAUAUACGUUUUAUUCCAAUGGACACACUCGCUAUAGGAAGACCCUUGUAUCCACCUUCAAUUUCUCAUCCAAGAAACGGAUAAGACUAUGGAUUUUAUAUAAAUCCGCAGUUGGAUUUGAUUUCUGGGAUGUAUGGGGGAGGAGACAGGGGGGUAGGGUAGCGGGUUGAAGUGUCCACCAUUCGAUGAGAAGAUGUGUGGUUGAAGUCGGUGCCUGAUUUUGUAGUGCUGGUCCUCUCAUAACAUUGCAUUGUAUGUCACCUAUUGUUAUAGUAACAAAAUUUUUUUAUUAUGUUCUAUGUCCAAAAAUGAGUUCUUCCUGAAUAAGGAAGUUUAGGAAAGAGUCUGUACGAAAUGAAGCCACCAAAAGUUGACUGGGGUCGAAAAAUCUGUGUUUAUUUAAUCACAUGCUAAUGAAUGAUUUGGAUUUAAUUUAUGAUAAUGAAGAGAAGAAAAGAAAUACAGCGCUAAAUUUAAUUGAUGAUUGUUUUUUUAUUGUUGAAAUUCAUGCACUUAUUUGUUGCACACUUUAUUAUUUUGUAUGGCAAAUACUACCAAAAAAAUGAAGCAAGCUUUGAAUUAAUAUUUCAGAACUGCUUUAUAAAUAUCGAACAAUAUUCGGGUAUUUCUUAAAAUUAUGAUUAAUUAUUAUUUUUUUAUGGAAUUAAUUCUUCCCUGAUAUGAUAUUGUUUGUGAGCAUGUAAUUUGUAACUGGGGUUUGCUGAUCUAAUGUUGAUUUGCCAUGGCGGAGGAAUGCGCUGUAGGAUAAGAGAUAUGAGUUCACCUUUGUCACCCGACUUACACAGGAGAGCAACGGUUCUGAACAUGAAACUCUAGACAAUGCCAACAAAACUGUACCCGCUAUAUAAAUGUGGGUUAUCUUUAUCUGUCUGGUUUAAUCUAGACCUCUCAAGAUUUAAAUAAAAUACAGUACAUGCAUACUUAUGAAUAGGUAAAUAUUGUUAGUUAAAAAAAAAAAAAAAAAAAAAUUCCCAUAUGUGCAUGCACCCUCAAAGCUCCAAUUCCUUCAUAAAUUACCGGUAAUAUAAAAACAGAUUGUUAUGAUAUAUUGUACUCUAUUUCUUAUUGUAUGAAUUCAGUACUUUGUAUUUUGAAAUAUUGUAUUGCACUUGUAACUCUGUAUUUGAAGUAAAUUUAUUCUCUGAUCUUAAUUAAUUUAACUCGCAUGAUGUUAUUUGAUGAAACUAUCAUUGUACUUAAUAGAAAUGUUCAGUUUCACAUUGUCUCUGUGCUUGUUAUGAUAUUGUGUGAUUAAUUACCCUGGUCAACCCAGAAACCGUGGGUAAAAUGAUUAUCUCUUAUAGAAUUGCCAUAAUGUAGUGUUCAAUUCUGUUAUUCAUGUCAUUUUUAUACUGAAAAAAGAAUAAAAAAGAUUUUUAUAUGAAUAAAA